AUGGCGCGUCCAAACUCAUCAGAAGCCACCCCCUUACUCGGAAACGGCACCAUGCGUCUACGGAGAUUCCUCAGCGACACCCGCCCGCGGAAGCAUUUGCCCUUCAGCGAGCGACUACAUCAUUUUACCUGGUCAUGGUUCGAGUGUACGAUGUCGACAGGCGCGAUUGCCACGGUGCUUGGCCAGCAACCCUUCAGCUUUGAUGGCCUAAAAAUAAUCGGCAAAGUCUUCUUCAUCCUGGAUCUGGUCCUAUUUCUCACCUUCUGUGGGUGUAUAACAUACCGCUUCAUCCGUACACAACGCGGAUCGCUGUCUGCGAGCUUGCAUCAUCCGCAUGAAAGCUUCUUUUUCGGGACCUUUUGGGUCAGCAUCGCGUUGAUCUUGUACUGCAUCCAACAAUAUGGGGUUCCUUCGUCAGGACCGUGGCUCGUCAAGGCGCUCGAGAUCCUCUUCUGGACCUAUGCGGGGUGCGCUAUACUAGUCGCGGUCUUCCAAUAUCAUGUCAUUUUCGAUACAGAGCAGCUGCCUGUCGUGGAUGCGCUCCCGGCCUGGAUUCUGCCUGUCUACCCUUUCCUUGUACUGGGCCCGCUCUCGGCUGUGCUUGAGUAUAGCCAACCGCCGGAGAGCGCACUCCCCAUCAUGAUUGGCGGUAUCUGUUUCGAAGGCCUGGGUUGGGGUGUCGCGUUGAUCAUGUACACGAUCUACGUAACGCGCCUCAUCGGCAGCGAGUUGCCUGAGCCGAGUAAGAGGCCAGCUAUGUAUGUUGCUGUCGGACCGGCAGCAUACACCGCAAACACUUUGGUCGCACUAGGCAUGCAAGCCCCCAAAGUUAUACCGGCAAACUUCCUAGGCAUUGGUUCCUUCCCCGUUGGCGACGUCUGGAAAGCCAUCGGCGUACCCGCAGGCAUCUUCCUCUGGCUUCUUGCCUUCUGGUUCUGCGCGCUGUCCACUGUAUCCAUCAUCUCCUCGUGGAAGGAGAUGCACUUUACGUUGAACUGGUGGGCCUUUAUAUUCCCGAACGUUGGAUUGACCAUUGCGCUCAUUCAAAUCGCGAACGCAUUGGAAAGUGAUGGAAUGAAGGCGGUUUGCUCGGCAAUGACGGUCAUCUUGGUCAUUUUGUGGCUCUUCGUGGCGGUGAUGAAUAUGCGGGCGGUUUGGAGAGGUGAUGUACUUUGGCCUGGCAUGGACGAGGAUAUGGAAGACAUUGAGGGACAUGGGCACGAUGAAGAAGAUCGAAUAGAGUAG